AUGGCCGUGGGGUGUGCGACGGCCUUCCUUCUGCUGUAUGCCGGAUGGAUCAAGCGCGAUGAGCGAGUGGAGGGUCUCCAGGCUCGAUACGAGUGGAUGCAGGGGCUGAGGAGACAUCCAGCAUAUGUCAGACAACAGAUGAUGAGAUUGCAACCGGCUGUGUAUGUGGAUCGAUGGACCAAGAUGCAGGCAGCCGACCUCCUGGGGAAGAAUGAAAUCCUCGCAGCAAGGGACUCAGGAGUUCCUACCUGCUACCCUGACAUUGUCGUUGACAAAUCUGGAAAGUUGGCGAGAAUGGCGCCUCAGUCGAUUCUCAGGGCAAUCCAGAAACCAGCGUUCAACGUUGUCCCCAGGUCGAGGUCACAAAUGCUAGCCUGUCUCUGCGACUCCUGCGAUCCCAAGGCCGGAUUCCCUCCAGUUUGCAACAACUGCACCUGCGAAGAGACCGUGGACAAGAAUCCGGAUGAGGUCUUCAUGCUUGGGCACGCAAAGGCAUGUCCCGAGAAGGGCUGCCAGAGCAUCAAGAACGAGACUACUCCCAAUGCCCUGCUGGACUUCCCCGAACGUGGGCUUGCUUCAACAAGGAUGGAUGGUUCUGCUCCUGCACUUGCCCUGGACAAGGCUGUCCGUAGCGACAUCUAA